CUCCUCGCACUGGAUGGAUUGACUUCGCUCGGGUCGAAUUACACCAUUUGCCGUGCAUUAGUUUGUUUUCCUCCCAGCCAGAAGAAGUUGAUUCACUACGACGCGCAAGAGAUUUCCCCGUUUUCUGGAUUAAACCCUGCAGCGCGUAAAAGGAUAUAAAAUAAACAUUUCCGAUGAGGUAACAUCUCCAGGAUUGUGAAACAGGAAGUGUCGUCUGUGAGCAGCCAUGGGCCAGGGAGCUGCGCUUCUGCUCAGCGAGCUUCUGCUGUUACUGGCAGCUUCACAAACUCUCCUUGCAGUCAGCUUCCCGGAGGACAUCGUGCCCCUCGACGUUGUUGAUGCUCACUUCACACGGAGGUACCCUGUGUUCAGAGGCAGGCCCUCUGUCAACGACUCACAGCAUCGCCUCGACUUUCAGCUGAUGACCAAGAUACAGGACACGCUAUUUAUCGCUGGCAGAGAUCAGGUGUACCUCGUCAGCUUGAGAGAAUCGUACAGGAAUGAGAUCAUUUCUUACCGGAAGUUAACGUGGCGAUCAGGCCAAGGUGACAGAGACAUGUGUGCUGUGAAGGGAAAACAUAGAGAUGAGUGCCACAAUUUUAUUAAAGUUCUGGUUCCCAGAAAUGACGACCUGGUGUUUAUCUGCGGCACCAAUGGCUUCAACCCCGUGUGCAGAUACUACAGGCUGGAUAACCUCGAGUUCGAUGGGGAAGAGAUAAAUGGUUUGGCGCGGUGCCCGUUCGACUCCAAGCAAACCAACGUGGCCCUUUUCGCUGAAGGAAAGCUGUAUUCUGCAACGGUUGCCGACUUCCAGGCCAGUGAUUCUGUCAUCUAUCGAAGUAUGGGUGAUGGAUCAGCCCUGAGAACCAUCAAAUAUGACUCAAAAUGGCUCAAAGAACCACAUUUCCUGCAUGCAGCAGAGUAUGGGAAUUAUGUGUACUUUUUCUACCGGGAGAUUGCCGUGGAACACAGCAAUUUGGGAAAGGUUGUUUAUUCCCGAGUGGCUCGAAUCUGCAAAAACGACAUUGGAGGGUCACAGCGGGUGCUGGAGAAGCACUGGACCUCUUUUGUGAAGGCCAGACUGAACUGUUCUGUGCCGGGGGAGUCCUUCUUUUACUUUGAUGUCCUUCAAUCUAUCACUGACAUCAUCGACAUCAAUGGCGUUCCCUCUGUGGUGGGCGUUUUCACAACACAGAUGAACAGUAUUCCAGGAUCAGCAGUGUGUGCCUUCUCCAUGACUGACAUAGAGAAAGUAUUCAUGGGCCGCUUCAAGGAGCAGAAGACCCCUGACUCUGUGUGGACGCCGUUUCCGGAGGAGAAGCUCCCGAAACCCCGACCUGGGAGCUGUGCGGGUCAUGGUCCAGCUGCAUCCUUUAAGAGCUCUGUGGAGUUCCCAGAUGACACCCUGCAGUUCAUCAAGUCCCACCCCCUUAUGGACACAGCUGUGCCUUCGAUUGGGGACGAGCCUUGGUUCACCAAGACACGUGUUCGGUACAGACUAACAGCGCUGGCUGUAGACAGUCAAGCAGGACCUCACAAGAACUACACUGUGGUCUUCAUUGGAGCAGAGUCUGGGAUUGUCCUCAAAGUUUUAGCGAAGACUUCCCCUUUAUCCCUAAAUGACAGCCUGUUGCUGGAGGAGAUUGACGUCUUCAAUAAGGCCAAGUGCCCAUCUAACCGUGCGGAUGACAAGCGUGUCCUCUCGCUGCAUGUGGACAACAACACACACAGCCUUUAUGUCGCCUUCUCAAGCUGUGUCAUCCGUAUUCCUCUGAGCCGCUGUGAAAGGCACUCGUCCUGCCAAAAGUCAUGCAUCGCAUCAAGGGAUCCUUACUGUGGUUGGAAGGCCCACGGUGCCUGUGAGAGAAUACAACCUGGUUUAUUGAAUGGAUACGAGCAAGAUGUAGAAUAUGGGAAGACUGCCCACCUGGGAGACUGUCAAGUGUUUUUGGGCACUACCUCAGCGCCAGGUGUCAAAUCAUUUGGCGACCCUACCUCUGACAUGGAGUUUUCAUCUGCAUCAGUCACUGUCCAGCCCAGUGAGCCCAUACAUCCCCCAGUACUCAUACCCAGUAAGAGCCCCAGCUCAGGGCCUCUACCAGAGCACUACGGCUCAGGCUUUGUGCUACAAGAUGACCCAGCCACAUCUCAUUCUUUAAACUCUCUCCCAGGGGGGCCAGAGGGUGUAUCGGAUAUCUAUACAGGUGAAAGCAACCAAAUGGUCCACAUGAACAUCCUCAUCACCUGCGUCUUCGCUGCUUUUCUAAUGGGGGCUCUCCUGGCCGGGCUCAUCGUUUUCUGCUAUCGGGACUCUGUCCUCCAUAAACCAAGACAUGCCCACAAGGACACAGAGUCUGCACCCUCCUGUUCUGACUCCACUGGAAGUUUUGUUAAACUUAAUGGCCUAUUUGAUAGCCCUGUAAAGGAGUACCAAACCAACAUUGAUUCUCCAAAGCUCUUCACCAAUCUGCUGAGCAAUGGUAAAGACAUCAAUACGCCCAAUGGUGACACCAAGACCAUGAUCUUGAGGGACAGCUGUCAGCCCCCUGAGCUGGCCGCUCUGCCCACACCAGAAUCCACCCCUGUUCUCCAGCAAAAAGGCUUACAGCCCAUAAAAAACCAGUGGGAAAAGGCUCAUGGAAAAGUCAGCGGAUCCUGUAAAGAGGUCAACCCAUCAGCCAAGGGUCCACAGUUCCUUUCUUCACCUGCACCUACUAAUACAAAUCCCAACCACCCUCACCUUGCUCUGGGACACUCCAAUAUCCCCAGUGCAGUGGUGUUACCAAAUGCCACACAUGACGAGCCUAAUCUGGACAAUUGUGAUGAAACUUUACCACAUUCAUCUGAAAAGAAACUGAAGAAUCCAGAUUGUAGGGGUAGCAGAAAAGAACAGAAGAGGUCUGUAGAUGCAAGGAAUACACUAAAUGAUCUUCUAAAGCAUCUCAAUGACUCUGUGGCCAAUCCCAAAGCCAUACUACAAGAAGAAUCGGGGCCUUGUCCAAGGCCUCACCUCACACUGGAGCCCAUGGAGGAACUAACUGAAGUACCCCCAGCCGUGCCCAGUCGUGAGGCUUCAUUGUACUCUCCCUCGUCCUCUUUACCAAGACACAGCCCCACCAAAAGGGUUGAUGUGCCCAUGCCCUCUACACCCACUUCACCCACAGGAAGCUUGAGCAUGGGGGGCACCUUGGAAAGGCAAAGAGGGAGUUACCAACUCCACCGGAGUGCCUCUCACAGGCAGUCCUUAUCAACCCCAACAAACGGAGUAACCAUGGGGGUAUCUGUGUCUCGUCAGCACAGUAUGAAUAGGGGAGGAUAUAUGCCCCCAACGCCCCCCUCAAGACUUGACUCUCAUGGUGCAAUGGUGGCACCCGGGAUGCACUCACCUCACCUACCUUCUGUUUCCAGACAGAGCAGCUACAGUGGGCAUGGCUCGCUUCCCCGAACAGGGCUUAAAAGGACCCCAUCAUUAAAGCCAGAUGUGCCACCAAAACCCAAUGGGUUUCCUCCACAGACUCCACAAAUGAAAGUGUCUAAUAAAUACAGUUAUUAAAUUGGACAACUGUGGACAUAUCUAAGUAAGCUCUUGAUCAGUAGAGCUUUGUGCUCAAGGGCUUGGGCUGUCUAGAUGGGAUAAGGCUUUGUGUGUGUUUGUGUAUCAAUUUGAGGUGCUUGUCCUCUUUAAAUGAUACGCCCAUUCACUCGCAUUGAAAAAGGGAAAACACCACAUGGCCAAAGAAACCUACUGAGGCUCCCUUCAAUCCCAUCUGCUUCCCUGCACCCAGUGGCCACAUGGAAAUGAAUAGCAGACAAUGGUGAGUUUGCUGCUCACCAUUGUUCCUGAACUUAGAUGCUACCUGUUUCCACGUAAGGUACAAGGUUGCUCAACAGGUUGCUGUGACAUACGUGGAGGGGCAAAAGUGGUGGAAUACUUGGAGAAUUGUUCUCAGUUGUUACUGCCCUUGAGCACUGUCUUCCCUCAAAUGUGAACUGAACAGAGAAGAGGUAGGCGAUAACUAUGGUUGUGAUGCGCCUGGAAAAAAGGAAAGUUAAUUUUCAUAAUGUGCAUUCUGCUUUGGAUGCAUCUGACCAUUAAACAACUGAAUAAAGUAGCAAGCAAAGAAAAAGAGGCAAAUGCUUGAAUGUGUCUUAGUUGACCAGAUAAGCAGAUAUUUUGAAAGGUCUUGGGAGUUGCCACAAGUCAGCAAAAGCACCUUACAAUGUGUUGGAAGACCUAAGUCACUGUCUUUUAAUCCAAUUUUAUAAUCUGAACCAAGUCUGAACAGAUUUUUGUGUCAUUCAUUCAUGAUCAUUUGGUCGGGUUUGGCUAAGGUUAGUUAUGUUGGGAUUAUGCAGAAGCAGGGACUUUGUAACUCACUGGGAAAUUUGACUUGACAUUUAUUGCUAUGGGUUUAAGACAAAGUAUUCAUCAUUAAUGCAUUGUUUUCUCAGCCUUGCUAGAACAGCUAUGUGUGUGGACAUUUGCUUGUCUCUGAGUAUGUGUGUUAUACUGUAAACAGAGGUGGAAAAGUACUGAUCUAAGCACUUCAGCACACUGUUUAGACUAAAACAUUGGGUUAAAAUGUUUUCCAAGACUGAAAUGUAUGGUAUUCUUUAUUCCCCAUAUGUAGUAAUUCUAUUGGUCUUCUAUCUACUAGUUUUAUUAAAAGUAUGUUUCUCAUUGAAAACUUUUUAAACAAUAUUUUCUACCCUGUUGUUUUCCUUCUGUAAAAUCUACCACUGUGAAAGUAACCAAAGUCUUUUAUUUAAUGACAUUUCAAACAAAUAUUCAGUUAAGCUAAACCCCCUUAUAAAACAUGUCUACCAGACGUUUGCUCCUGCAAUAAUACUAUUGCAGACUGACAAAACUGAUCCUAGAACAGUGCAACAAUAUGAUACUUGUGUCACAAGCUCCACAGCUUAUGCUCCUGGUGCGCUUUUCCACCAAUGGCCAGUGUACAAUCAGCUCAACAUUGACUAAUAUGUCCAAAUAAGUCAUGCUGGUAAUGACAAGGUCCUGUAUAUACUUAAAUAAUAUAAAUAAGGAGUUUAAGUAUUUUUAGGCAAGUGAACCUGAAUCUGUGCAUUGUGUGCCUUAUUUACAAAACAAAUUAGUACAGUAUAUGUCGAAGGCUAUGUCAGUUGGUCCUCUGUUCAUAUCACAUGUUUUUUAAACACGUUUUUUUAUAUAAACAAUCUGAAAUUUAGGACAAGGUCGUCAAAAGAAGCCAUUAACUAAUUAAUUCCACCCAGGAGUUUAAGUCUCAAAUAAGUCGAGCGAAAAAUACUUAUUAGGUUUCAAUAAUGUAUUCCAUUUUACUGCCAGUAUUGCAAAGAUUUGUGAUAUCCACAACAAAGUGAUGCCAUGAACUGAAUGUACUUUCAUAACUAUGGGGUGUAGGGCGGUCAGCUGUUCCGCCGUCGUGUGGAAGCCUAAACACAGCCCAUCAUUCUCACAGCCAAUGUAUUAACAAAGACUUCAAGUGUUCUGAUGAAAGCUCUUGGCAAUGUAAUUUCCAAAACCUAAGGGGAGAUAGUUUUUUUUAUUUUCUAAAGGCCAGAAAGGACAAAUGUGGUUUCAUUUCUUGUAGCAGUGCUUACAUUAUUUGGUUGACCUCUGCAGUCAUUUUUUGAGUGUCAGUUGCCUGUUUAGCCCAAAGCCACAUUUUGUUUACAAGUGGUGAUUGUAUGUAGAGGCUUUCUCCCCUUCAUCUAACCAGUGUUGGGGCUUUGUUUUCUACACAUGCACAGUGACAUCACAGACAUACACUCAAACACUGCUCAACUGCCUUGUACAUUGCAAUAUGACCUGGGUCUUUUUGUUGCAAUACAAACUAAAGCCUUUAUAUUUCAGUCAGUCAGUCUUUGAUGUCUGUGCAGACCGACCAUGCUAUCUCACGUACGUUUAUUUAAAUGCUGUCCAUCAAUGCACAGCCGGCUGUAUAUUUUGUCUCAAGAGUAUUUGGGCGUGUAGAUAUGUUGUACUGUGAAUGUGUAAAUAAUUAUGCUUUUUCUGGUUUCAUAUUUUUGUUGAUUUUUUUUUUAACACGGCACGUAUAGUUGAAAUAAAACAUUACUGCACAGAA